AUGAUGCCCGAGUUUAUCGGUCGUUUUCCGUUGCUCGUGAUCACAACGGGUCUGUCGAAGGACGAGCUGGUGCAGGCUUUCACCGAGCCGAAGAACGGACUUGUUCGGCAAUAUCAGAUGCUCUUGCGUUAA